AUGCCGAUAGAGAUGCCGAAAGGGCUACCGUUCUCGGUGGACACAUGGACGCCAUGUUCGAAUAGAAAGAGACAUCAUUUUUUAACACACGCCCACAAAGAUCACUCUCAAGGAAUCUCAACUCACUCUUCUUUUCCAAUUUACGCUACCCGUCUCACAAAAUCCCUCACUCUCAACUAUUAUCCGCAGCUUAAUGAGUCGUUAUUUGUGGAUAUUGAGAUUGGUCAGCCGAUUGCUAUUAAUGAUCCCGUUGAAACUUUUACGGUUACUGCCUUUGAUGCGAAUCAUUGCCCUGGUGCAGUCAUGUUCUUGUUUGAGGGCACAUUUGGUAAUAUCCUUCACACAGGAGACUGCAGACUAACACCCGAGUGUUUACAAAGAUUACCCGAAAAAUAUUUAGGCAAAACAUCAAGAGAACCCAAGUGUCAACUUGAUUAUAUUUUUUUAGAUUGCACAUUCGCGACAUUUUCUUCAAAGAUGCCUAGCAAACAUGUUGCAAUUCGCCAGGUUAUUGAUUGCAUAUGGAAGCAUCCGGAUGCUCGAGUGGUGUACCUAACAUGUGACCUUUUAGGUCAAGAAGACAUACUUGAAAAUAUCUGCAAAACUUUCGGGUCAAAAAUCUUUAUAAACAAAGAAAACAACCUCGAAUGUUUCCAAUCUCUAUCUCUAACCAUACCCAACAUCCUUUCACAACACCCAUCUUCAAGAUUCCAUCUUUUUGAUGGAUUUCCAAGACUUUCUGAAAGAGCAGAAGCAAAAAUAAUUGAAGCCCGGGCUAAUUUUCAACCCGACCCUCUUAUAAUCCGCCCUUCCGCCCAGUGGUAUGUCUUCGAGGACGUGUCUUCUGAAUCCGAAAAACGAAAAAACAUUCGAUUUAAAGAAGCAAUCAGGGAUAAUUUUGGAAUUUGGCAUGUUUGUUAUUCGAUGCAUUCGUCUAGGGACGAACUCGAGUGGGCCCUACAAUUACUUGCACCGAAACGGGUGGUUUCCACCACCCCUGAGUUUCGGGCCAUCGAGCUUGGGUACGUGAGACGCCAUUGUUCUUUUGACAAUUUAGCCCCUGAUGAUCCUGUUUGGAAGCUUCUAGAUAUUGAUCUCGAGGCUCCAUUGGUCAAUGAAGACAUACAAGAGGAAGUUACGAUCAAUAAGAAAGAAAUGUCGACCGUUUCUUCUCCGGUCAAAGGGCCGUGUUUGACAUUGUUUGGAAGAGCGAGGGCUGGACUCGGGAAUUCUACACUAAGUUAUGAAGACUUAGUCAAACCCGAAAUCCCGACCCAGAAUGUGGAUGAAGUGGGUUCGGAUGGGGAAGUUCCGGAAGGUCAACAUGAUGGGUCAAAGUUAAACGGGCUAACGAAAGGAAUCGGAAAACGGACAACUGCUUAUUCACCAACGGUAACAUCAAACGGAGUUAAUGAGAAUAUACGGAAGUUGUACAGAAGUAUGCAUAUUCCGGUUCCUAAACCACUUCCUUCUUUAGUGGAUCUAUUGAAUAAUAGAAAACGAGCCAAAAGAAGUUUCAUGUUGUAG